AGUGACGUUUAUUCCGACAACGGUACCAAUUUCGUCGGCGCGCGGAAUAAACUGAAGGAAUUGUUCGCCCUACUGAAGGACCAGAAACACCGUGAGGACAUAUCCAGGGAUUGCAGCAGAUCAGGUAUCCAGUGGCACUUCAACCCUCCUGGAGCUCCGCACUUUGGAGGACUGUGGGAGGCAGCGGUGAAGUCGACAAAGAAGCACCUACUACGAACCAUCGGCGAAACACCUGUGUCACCUGAAAACUUUGCGACUUUAUUAACACAAGUGGAAGCAUGCCUAAAUUCUCGUCCAAUCACAGCACUAUCGGACGAUCCAAACGACCUCGAACCGUUAACACCGGCACACUUUAUUAUCGGGGAAUCGUUUGAAGCUAUGCCAGAACCAGACUUCACAGAUGUCAAGGACUAUCGGUUGAGCGAGAUGCAGCUGAUGCAAAAAUAUCUCCAAUCCAUUUGGAAAAGAUGGAAAACGGAGUACUUGUGCCAACUCCAAGCACGAUCCAAACGGUGGAAACCCGCUUUGCCAAUCCAGGUUGGCCAGCUGGUUAUAAUCGUGGAGCAGAAUCUUCCACCCUGUCGCUGGAAGAUGGGCCGCAUUGAAGAGGUGCAUCCGGGUACUGACGGAGUCGUUCGGGUGGUAACUCUAAAAAAACAGCGUCUGGUUCGUUGAUGCGUCCUAUCGAGAAAGUAUGCCUUCUGCCCGUCGCCGACAACAAAAUCUUGAGGCCAGAAGAGGGGUCUUCACACGAAUAGUAAACCAAAAAGGAAUGUCUAGGUCCAGGUCGAAGUUUUUUUUUAUAUCUUUGCAGAAAUGUAGCCGUGCAUCUAAUUUCUGGGUGGGUGAGAAUGUACGAUGAUGACGCAUGCAACUCAACGAUCGUACCACAACUGAACACGAAUCAAAAGACCAAACCUCGACAAUGCCCAGGAGAUCGCCUAGUCUAGCUGAGUUGAAUUGGUCCACGAUCUUCUCACACUACCAACACAGUGUCCACCGCUGAUGAGUACUUUAGUGCUCAUAAGUAAACCCACCAGUUCGAGUACAACAGAUUUAGCACCCAACACCCAACGCGGGAAAAAUCUACAAGCGCUUGGGGUGAAACAAUGCAGUUGAUCCAGACCAUGAUCUCCCUCCAGCCUAUCGGUCUAUUGUUUCGUCACCCAUUCUCAGCGAGUGCAUCAUCAUCCAUCAUCAGAGUAUCAUCACCGAUAAGGACGGGUGAUAAUGACGGCGAAGACUCUCUGAUAAGCGAAAACAUCGCGGAUGGAACUCCGGAGAGUUCACAAUUCGCGGCAGCAGUAUCGAGUCGGCGGAUUUCGGCGGUAUUCGGCAGUUGGAUUCGGAUCUCCGGUGCACGAAGUUGCAUGAAGAACGGCAAUCGGCCACUCCAGUUUUUUUGUAUAUACCUUUUAAUUUGUUAGCAUGUUAGAUUAAGUAAAAGUUGUUAGCUUAAGAAUAAAUUGUGCAACGUAGUUUGUGUUUCCCUUAAAAAGCUGGAUUUGUUAUUUGUGCCGCGAAUAAAUCAACUUUACAAAACCCAAAAAACGUGCAUCCUAUUGUUGCUUGGCGAACAUUCCGUGAACGUGCCCCUGGAUAACAAAGGAAUGCGCAACAUCGAGGACCUGCAGAGCUGUGCCGUGUUCGCCCGGGAUCGAAUCAAUCCAUAUCUGUUCAACUACGCCCUGUCGGUGGCGCUGCUACAUCGUCGGGACACCAAGGACAUCGAUUUGCCUCCGUACGUCGAAGUUUUCCCGGACAAGUACGUGGACUCGAAGGUGUUCGAACAAAUCCGGGAGGAAGCUACGGUGGUGCCGGAGGGUAUGCGAAUGCCCAUUGUGAUCCCGAAGGAUUUCACCGCUUCCGAUUUGGACGAAGAGCAUCGGUUGUGGUACUUCCGAGAGGAUAUCGGCAUCAAUCUGCACCACUGGCACUGGCAUUUGGUUUAUCCGUUUGAUGCGUCGAACCGGGCUAUCGUUGAUAAGGAUCGUAGGGGAGAGUUGUUCUACUACAUGCAUUCGCAGCUGAUCGCUCGUUACAAUUUUGAACGUUUCUGCAACCGGUUACAGCGUUGCAAGCGUUUAAAUAAUGUUCGGGAGCCCAUUGCUGAGGGGUAUUUUCCGAAGCUGGACUCCCUGGUGGCUAGCCGAACUUGGCCAGGACGAGUAGACAAUGCGGUGAUGAAGGAUCUUAACCGGGAAGCGGACCAGAUCAAGCAGGACGUGGCCGAUUUGGAGCGUUGGAUCGAUCGUAUCUACGAAGCCGUCCAUCAGGGAUAUGUGGUCGAUGAGUCCGGUAAUCGUAUCAUGUUGGACGAAGAAAAGGGUAUCGACAUUCUGGGCAAUGUGAUUGAGUCUUCGAUUCUUUCGCCGAAUCGUCAGCUGUACGGGGAUAUGCACAAUAUGGGACACGUGUUUCUGUCCUACAGCCACGAUCCGGAUCAUCGCCAUCUGGAGUCGUUCGGAGUAAUGGGUGAUGUGGCCACGGCUAUGCGCGAUCCUGUUUUCUAUCGCUGGCAUGCGUAUAUCGAUGACAUCUUCCAGGAGCACAAAAUCAAGCUGGCACCGUACUCGAAGAGCCAGCUCACCUUCGAUGGAAUUACCAUCAGUGGCGUUAGCGUCCAGUCAGAGGGAGCUCCGGCCAAUACCCUGCACACCUUCUGGCAACAGUCCGAUGUGGAUCUAUCACGGGGAAUGGACUUUGUGCCCCGUGGCAACGUUUACGCUAGAUUUACCCAUCUUCAGCACGCUCCCUUCAUCUACAACAUCCAAAUCGAUAACGCUUCGGAUGCCCAGAGAAUGGGCUUUGUCCGUAUCUUCAUUGCUCCCAAGAACGACGAGCGCGGUCAACCGAUGCUCUUCCGGGACCAGAGACUGUUUAUGGUUGAGCUGGACAAGUUCCUGGUAGCUCUCCGUCCGGGAUCGAAUCGGAUCAGGCGUCGUUCGACCGAAUCAACCGUGACGAUUCCGUUCGAGAGGACCUUCCGCAAUCUGGAUGAAAACCGCCCGGCUGCCGAAACACCGGAAGAGGAAUCUUUCAACUUCUGCGGGUGUGGCUGGCCGGCUCACAUGUUGCUGCCCAAAGGCACACCGGAUGGAUUCCCCGGAGAUCUGUUCAUCAUGGUAUCGGACUACGAGGAGGAUCGGGUGGUUCAGGACCUGGUCGGAACCUGUAACGAUGCCGCAUCCUACUGUGGGGUCCGGGAUAGGCUCUAUCCGGACCGGAAAGCCAUGGGAUAUCCGUUCGACCGGCUGGCCCGUAGUGGCGUGGACCGGUUGGCCAACUUCCUGACACCGAACAUGGUCGUCCAAUCGGUUAACAUUAUCCACAUCGACAAGACCGUUCAGAGAACCUAGACUGCUGACUGGCAGGAUGAUCCGUUCUCCCGAUGGCGUCACAAAGUUCGAUAAUUUGAUAGAAUUUUAAUUAAACGC